CUAAAAGUACAAACAAGUGGAUUAUGUUGCAGGAACAAUUUUCAAACAGGGGAUUUUUAUAAAGAAAAAUGACAAUAAUUAUGUUACGCCCGUAUUGAUGACGUCAUACACCCAAAAAGCAGAAGUCUUAAGGUCAGAAAGGCUUUAAAAGCUUCGGCGCUUCUCCGUGUUGAUGCUCUGAAGCCUGAACCAUGAUCUGGAUUCACUCCAUCACAGAAUCUGUCUGUGUGUAUCUCAGCGCUGUCAUGCUGAUCCACUGCUCUCCCACAGAUGCCUGUCACAGCAUCAGAGCACCGACCAUUGACAAGAUAGCGCACAAACGCCUAGCGAAUGGCUACAGACUCACCUGUAAAGUGAACCCUGGAGGACUGAAAGACGAGACGCUGGUGUACUGGCUGGCUGAUGGCGAUUUUAUAGAGAAAGUCUACAAAAACAUCAACGUGACCAAAACAGAGAGGAAGUCACCUGAUGGGAAAGAGUUCCUCCACACCAAGGUGGUGUUCACAGACGUUUCCCAGGAAGACUUCCACACCGUAUUCACCUGCGUGGCUCUGAGUCCUGUUGGGUUCGCCAAAAAAAAUGUUCUACUGAAGAAAGAUAGAAGGCAUUGACCGACCUAAUCAUGUUUAUAGUUUGUAGCAUUCAACAUCAAUCCAUUUCAUCCAAUAUAUUUUGUCUCUGUGACACAAAGCCAUUUACAGCUAAAAGAUUGCGUGUUUAUCUUUUAAAAAGAUCUUUUUAUGAAUCCUUUUAGGAUGCUGUUGUAUCUCUAAAAUUAUUUAUUCCUAUUGCACUCAGAUGAUAAUGCCUGGAUGAAGUUUAAAACUGUCUUAUACGUUGAACAAUGUGAAGUGAUUUUAAAGUUACAUUAUAUAUAAUAUAUAUAUACAUAUUGUGCUUUAUUUUAUUUUGCUAAAAUAAAAAAGUAUGAUUUAUGAAAGUGAA